AUGUGGCCAACGGGUCACACAAAGCAGAAAGCAUUAUAUUUGCAGGAGGAGAAAGAGCAGAGAGGGGAACAGAAGAAUCUGCCAAAGGGCAUUUUGGACAUGCUUGUUCCAGAAAUGGUAUACCAGAACGAGCUCAGACUUGGAAUGAGGAGGAAGAUGAAGGACAAAGAAGAAGAAGAAGAAGAAGAAGAACAAGCAGAAACUCCUGUAGCAGCUGCAGCUAGGGUUAGAGCUGGAGCUGGAGCUGGAGCUGGAGCUGGAGCAGCAGAUGUCUGA